AGACUUAUAAUAUACUUAAAGUUAAUAAAAUGGAAUAUAAUCAGUAUUUUUCUGAUAUUACAAAUUUCAAUACUAUUAUUAAAACACCAAUAAUUUAUCUGAAAAAAAUAUUAGCUAAUCAAGGAAUUUUGAAUCAACUGGUUUUUGAAUCUAUACAAACUACAGGGAUUUUGAAUUCACGAUUUCAAUAUCGUGUCACAGAUGGUCGGUUUAUUGCUUUUGGCAUAGGUUAUUAUCUAAAAACUUUUAAUUUUUGAAAACUAUUUAAUAAUACAAUUUUAAUAAUUAAAAUUAUGAACUUUUAAUAUUAAAAUGUAUUGAAGGUGAGUCCGAAAAUGAAGCUAAAGAAAAUGCAGCCAAGUCUUUGUUACGGGUUAUUCUUAAAGAUUUUCCGGAAUUGUGUUCUAAACAUUCAAGAAGAUUUUGCAACACGUAUACUUUAGAUUCAAAUGUGACUCAUAAUUCAAAGGAACUUCUAAAUGCCAAUGAGUAUAAUACAAUUGGAUUGCACCAGGACUACAAACAUAAUUCAAUUGGAUUGCACCAGGACUGCGAACAUAAUUCAAUUAGAUUGCUUCAGGAAUUGUGCCUAUAUUUCAAUUUACCUUCACCAAUUUACAUUUUAGAAUCCUCGGAAGGUCCUUUACAUAGUAAAGUACAUACUAUUUCAUGUAGUGUACUUCACUACGUAGUGAAUGGCAUAGGCAAUACAAGAAAAAUGGCAAAAUGUAAUGCUGCUGACAAACUUUAUUUAAAGUUAAAAAAGUGAGUAGAUUAUAGUUUUACAUUAAAAUUAGUUAUUAUUGUUUUUUCUCAUAUAUAUAUUUAAGUAUGCCAGCAAAAUAUCUACAGAAUCAAAGAAAUUGAUAUCAUCAAAAACCAAAAUAUUAAAGUAGUUGAAAAUAAAAAUGAAGUUAGUUUUGUUCAUCGAAAAUUUAACUUGUGAUGAAAAAUUAUAUUCAAAAACCAGUAACUCAAAAAAAAAAAAGGUUAAUUUUAUCUAUUGAUAUUCAGAUAGUAUUAUUAAUUUAAAGAAAAAUUUUACUUCCAAUAUACUAGAUAAACAAAAUCAGGUAACUGAAAAUACUGAUUGGGCUACAAAAAUCUGAAAAUUGGGUUCCAAGGAAAUUCAUGAAAAAUUCAGUACAUUGAAACGAUCCUGUUAAUUUUAUUAAUCAAACCAAAGAUAUUACAAACAAUUUAGUUAAUCACAAUAUUCAAGUAUCUGAACAUAAUGAUAUGG